CGUUUCAGCACAAAUGGGCUACCUUCCCGCCUAUUUCUUUUUUCUUUCUUUUUUUCAGGGAAGUAAACAAUGUCUGAGCUAUUUUUAGAGCACGAUCAUUCGGAGUUGUACCGCAAAUACCGACCAAAAUAUCCGAAAGAAAUAUUCGAAAUAAUCGAUCGAAAAUUGACCGAGAGUACCGAUAAGUUACCUGACCAUCUGAGGGAAGAAUAUAAAAGGAACAAGCAGAGCAAAUGGAGAGUGGCCUUGGAUGUUGCGUGCGGUACGGGGUUCGCCACUUUGAUGCUACCCCCGCACUUCCAAUCUAGCUACGGUAUUGAUGCAAGUGAAGCUCAAAUACACCAGGCAAAAAUUGAAUACGGUUGUAGAGAUCCGAGUCGUGUGACAUUCCUAUGCGACGAUGCACUUAACAUUGAGAAAAUGUUCCAGAGAGACAGUGUGGAUUUAAUCAUUAUUUGCCAGGCAGUUCAUUGGCUUGAAAGGGGUAAAUUUUUUAAAAUCUGCCAAAAUGUUUUAAGGCCGGGAGGCAUGCUGGUUCUCAUUGGCUACGCCGGUUAUACAUUUGACGACGAAAGACUGGAGGAAAUAAAUAAAGAAUUUAUUCUGACCGUUUGUAAAGGCAAUGAGACAAUAAUGAAUCAUUUCCUUGAUAAAUACGAAAGCAUAUCAAUUGAACUAAAGAAAUAUUUUCCUAAUUCUGGAAGAUGCGACUCCUACAUGAACAGGAUCGAAACGAGUAUAACCGAAUACGUCGGUUACUUGCGGUCCUGCGCCGUCUACCGAAACUUCAAGAAGUCCAACCCCGAUCUACAUCCGGAUACACUCGAUGACGUCAUCGACAAAUCUGGAAAACUAAUUCCUAUAGAUUCACCUGUUAAAGCCUCCUGUGAAUAUUUCAUGAUAGUUGGAGUGAAAUAAACAAAUUCGUGCGUGUCUGUGUGUGUGUGUGUAUAUAUAUAUAUAUGUAUAUAUAUAUAUAUAUAUAUAUAUAUAUAUAUAUAUAUAUAUAUAUAUAUAUGUGUGUGUGUGUGUGUGUGUUGUGUGUGUGUGUGUGUGUGUGUGUGUGUGUGCUUUCAUUGUUUAUUUUUCUUGUUUACAUUUAUUCACGUGACAGAGUUCGUUAAACUUGUUAAUUUUUACGAAUCACAUUAUAGUGUGCGCUAUAUAAAUCUCCAUAGUAAUAAAAUAUUAAUGAUAAUAAUAUUAAAAGUUACCAUCUGCAC